ACCGAGCACAAGCUUUUGGAGGAUGCAAGUAAGCGGAUAGAUCUCUAAUGAGGUACUUAAAAAACCAAAUAUCAUGAAAGUAUAUAAACACGUUUUCCUAUUUACAUGAAAUUACCAAGAAUGUUGUUUGUAUUUCCAUUAAAUCUUGAUCAAAAAUGUAAAAUUACAUCACUUUUAAAGAGAUAACCCCGGAUCUUUGACCUGCCGGAAACCCUUUUUUUUAGAAGCUCAGACGAUGUCUGUGUGCUACGGUAAUCUUUGAUAACAACAGUUUGAAAACUUCUAUUAUAUUAAACUUUUUUAAUAUAAUGACAUGGGUUUCGUUGGGCCAUCCUUAUAGAUAUUUACCACGAAGUUGGAAUGUGUUUGUGUAGUUUGCUAUCGUUUAUUACAAGUCUCGUAAAAGUACGUUAGUUUUUUUCGAUUUCCUAAAAGAACCUCAGGAGCAUACAGUUUCUUCUUUUGCAUCCGCCCUUGGAUUCCAUUUCUGUGGAAAUACUAGGCGUUCUCUUUUGUACCCUUAUAUAUUUGAAUCUCAUCCUCUUUUACCCAAUAACAUUCGUUUUGCAUCGUAGUUCGCGUCUUGUUCACCAAGGAAGUCUACGAUUUGAGUAUUCUUGUUGAAAUCUCUCCGUACCGUUGAGAUUCCUUUGUCUUUAUUAUCUACUUUUUUUCUUCUUCUGUUUAUUUUAGAAUCCUCGCUUACCAUUGGAUUGUUUUUCUUCGUACUAGAGCUGUAUCUUCAUCAUGUCUUCUAGUGUUGCUCCAGAAGUUCUUUCAUCCUUGCUGGUCCUUGUUCAAGGACUAGCUUCUCCUGACAAUACCAUCCGUACUGAAGCCGAAAAAUCUUUAACGGCUGAUUGGAUUGCCCCACGAGCUGAUUUGUUGCUGAACGGUUUGGCUGCUUUGGCUGCUCAAAGUGAAGACAUCUCUAUUCGUGCAUUUUCUCUUGUCCUCAUUCGAAGAAUAUCUUUCCGUACUCUGCCAAGCGAUAGCGAACUUGAAGUGUUUUCGAGUCUUUCUAACGAUGCCAGGCAAUUGUUACAGAACCAGCUUUUGACUUGCUUUGUCCAAGAGGCUGUUCCCACCGUUCGUAACAAGCUUUGUGAUACCAUUGCCGAAAUCGCCCGUUCUGUCUAUGACUGUCAAAAUGAAUGGCCUGAACUUACCACCAUCCUUUUUGGUACUGUUAACUCUCCGGAGGAGUCGUUUCGCGACUCUGUCUACCGUACAAUAGCUGCCUUACCUCUCUUGUUAUCAGGCCAGGAGGCUGCCAUUGCUCCUUUGUUCAGCGCUGGCCUUGCUGAUCCCAGUAUCCGUGUUCGUGUAGCUGUAGUUCGUGCUUAUGCUUCUGUUGUAUUGGAAAGCAAACAGUCAGUUCGCAAUCAAGUCAUCCCUAUGUUGCCUAUUCUCCUCAAUAUUCUCCCUCCUUUGCAGCAAGAACAUGACUCAGACAAUCUUACCGAAUGCCUCAUGGCCAUCACUGAAAUUGCUGAGGUGUUCCCCAAGAUUUUCCGCGACAUUUUUGAAACUUACCUUCAAUUUAAUCUUGGCAUUAUCAAAGAUAAGGAGCUUGAAAAUUCUACUCGUCAAGCUGCUCUGGAAGCCCUUGUUUGUUUCUCAGAAGGAGCUCCCGCCAUGUGUAGAAAAUCACCAGAAUAUGCUAAUCAGCUCGUUUUGCAAUGUUUAAUGCUUAUGACUGACGUUGCUGGUGACGAGGAAGAUGAGGCUGAAAAUCUUCAGGAAUGGUUAGAGACUGAUGAUCUUGACCAGGAUGAAAGCGAUGCCAACCACAUUGUCGCUGAACAAGCAAUGGAUCGCCUUUCUAGGAAAUUGGGUGGUAAGACUAUUCUUCCUCCUUCUUUUACUUGGUUGCCCGGCUUGAUCUCUUCUCAAAAAUGGUCUGAACGCCAUGCCGCCCUUAUGGCAAUUUCUUCCAUUGCUGAAGGUGCUGAGAAAAUUAUGAAGCGUGAGUUAAGUCGAGUAUUAGACAUGGUUCUGCCUUUGUUGGCUGAUCCUCAUCCACGAGUUCGCUGGGCCGCUUGUAAUGCCGUUGGUCAAAUGUCUACUGACUUCGCCCCAGAUAUGCAAGUCAAGUAUCCUUCCCGCAUACUUGAGGCCCUUAUUCCUGUUUUAGAGUCACCCGAGUCUCGUGUUCGUGCUCAUGCUGCUGCUGCCAUGGUAAACUUCUCGGAAGAAGCAGACAACAAGGUCCUUGAGCCAUAUCUUGACGACGUCCUUCAACGUCUUCUUACUCUGUUACAAAGCCCUAAACGUUAUGUUCAAGAACAGGCCAUAACCACAAUCGCUACUGUUGCCGACGCUGCUGCUAAGAAGUUCGACAAGUACUUUGAUGCUAUUAUGCCCCUUUUAAUCAGUGUCUUACGCCAAGCUGAAGGCAAGGAAUUUAGGACGCUCCGUGGUAAAGCUAUGGAAUGUGCUACUUUGAUUGCUUUAGCUGUAGGAAAGGCUCGGUUUUUACCAGUUUCUCAGGAAAUCAUUCAGGUUCUUGGUACAAUCCAAAUGAGCAUCACUGACAGCGAUGAUCCUCAGGCUAGCUAUUUGAUUUCUGCAUGGGGACGCAUCUGUCGCGUCCUUGGAAGUGACUUUGUUCCUUUCCUUGGAUCUGUGAUGCCACCUUUGCUUGCUGCUGCUACUUCCAAACCAGAUUUCACAAUUGUUGAUGAGGACACUGAUGAUAGUAAGUUUUCAGAGCAAGAUGGUUGGGAGUUCAUUCCUGUUCACGGACAACAAGUUGGUAUUAGAACUAGCACUUUAGAGGAUAAGUGCACCGCCACGGAAAUGCUUGUAUGUUAUGCUGCUGAACUGAAGGCUGACUUCGACCCGUAUGUAAAUGAGGUUUUGACUUCUGUUGUAUUACCUGGUUUGAAGUUCUUCUUCCAUGAUGGUGUACGUUCUGCAUGUUGCAAAUGCAUUCCUCAGUUGCUGAAUAGCAGGAUCCUCGCAAGCAACCGUGAUCCCGUCAAGGUUGCUGAAAUUUGGGAUCCUAUCCUUCGUAAAUUAUUAGAUUAUAUCCAAAGCGAACCAAGCUCGGAAAUGCUAUCUGACUAUUUUCAGUGUUUUUACGAAAGCUUAGAAAUCAUUGGUCCCUGUCUUGAUGCUGCUUCUAUGGAGAAGUUGGUUUCGGUUGUUGAUCUACAGUUGAAGGCUUUCAUUCAACGUGUGCAAGAGCGUGAAGAGAAUUCCCGCAAUGGUGACGCUGAUGUGGAAGAAGAUGAAGACAUUAUUUUGGCCAUUGAAAAUGACCAAAAUAUGCUAAACGAGAUUAAUAGAACAUUUAGCGUAGUUUUGAAACAACAUAAAGCAACGUUUUGUCCUUAUUGGGAACGUUUGUUACCUUAUAUGAAUGGUUUUUUGAAUGGCUCUGAUGUUAUCGCUAAGCAAUGGGCUUUGUGCAUGAUGGAUGAUUUAAUUGAGUUUACUGGUCCUGAUUCUUGGGCGUACAAAGACCAUUUCCUUCCCUAUUUGGCAGAAGGCAUUCAAAGCCAAGAACCAGAAAUUCGCCAAGCUGCCGCUUAUGGUAUCGGUGUUGCUGCUCAACAUGGUGGAGAAAUGUAUUCUGAGAUUUGCUCUAGCGCUUUACCUGCUUUAUUUAACAUGCUUGAGAAUCCAGAUGCUCGAGAUGAAGAACAAAUUUUUGCUACAGAAAAUAUAACUGUUGCAAUUAGCAAAAUUUGUCGCUUCUGUAGCCAGCGUAUCCAGGAUCUUGAUAAAGUCAUUACUUUUUGGGUAAACACUCUUCCAGUUACACAUGAUGAAGAUGAUGCACCUUACGCUUAUAUGUUUUUGGCCGAACUGAUGGAACAGAACCACGUAGCUGUUGUAUCCCAAAUGCAGGUUGUCAUCCCUGUCCUCGCAGAUACCUUUGCUUCUGGAGUUUUACGCGGUCGUACUUUAAUUCGUCUACUUGAAGCCUCUAAGGCAUAUUUGUCCCAAUUCCCUGUUGAUCAAGUCAAUAAUGUCAUCUCUACUUUGAGUGUUGACAACCAAAGGGCUUUGUCUGCUUAUUUUUAAACGACUAAGUCAUUGAAAAGUUUUUCUUUUAUUAGUCUAUUCAAAAAAAUUAGAUUAGGUUAGGUUAAUUGCUAGGUUUAAUUAAUGUUGUUGAAGUUCAGUUUAGUUCAACUACUUUCUAUGUGGAUAAGAAUAUCUGAAUGUAUAAGAGAAUAACCUUCAAUUGCUGUAACAUUAUAUACCUCGAAUAAAUGAGUAAGUUGAAGAGGU